GGAGAACUCAUUCCCCGCCCGUCUCCUCUGCACUCCUCCGCGUUCUACCUGGUUUAAUCUUCAACAUUUAAAUUUCAUUUUGCAUCUCUGCGAAAAGAUCGAUAGGACGGGGGUGGGGGGUGGUGGAAAGUAGCCAUUCUCUAAAUACUUCAGUGACAUUCGUAGCGAAGUCGACGAACAGAAUGCGUUCAACAACGGAGGAAAAUUGUAAUGUCGAGGCGGCUAAAGCAGUAAAGCCUGCGAGUGACGCACACUGGUCUGACUAGUGUUUAUUUUACAUACGUCAGGGCAGUUCUUCAGUACGUCCAGUAAGUUCGUUGCCAAGUUUCAUUGAAAGCAGAUGGAAUCAGGAAAUACCGAUUUGAAAAUGGCUUCCGGGCGGCGGCUCCGGAGUUUGAUAGAUCAGACAAUUUGUCCAAUUUGUCUGGAUUUCUUCACCGAUCCGGUUACGCUGGGUUGUGGGCACAACUUCUGCCGCUCCUGUAUCAUCCAGAGUUGGGAGAAGAAGGAGAUAAACUCCUGUCCGGAAUGUAGAGCGGAAUUUCCAGAAAGAACCCUCAGCAUAAAUCGGGCCUUGGCGAAUCUCGCGGAGGAGGCUCAAAAAUUAGAGCUUAACCCGAAAGAGGAGGAAAGUAAAAUUUACUGUGAGGAACAUCAGGAAGAUCUGAAACUGUUUUGUGAAACCGACAAGAAACUGAUCUGUCUAAACUGUAAAAUUUCGCGAGAACACAGAGGGCAUCGCUGCAUCCCGAUUAAACAAGCGUUUGAAAUCUACAAGGAACAGCUGAGAUCUUCCUUAGAUUUUCUCACAGUGAAGAAAUCGGCGGUUCUAGAAAAGGAACUGAAUCAGAAACGGAAGAUUUCUGAAGUUACGGAACAGGUGAGCAGUCUGCAGGCCUACAUCACAUCCGAGUUCACUAAAAUGCACCAGAUUCUCACUGAGCAAGAGCAACGUUUACUCCGCGAUCUCAGGGAAGACGAGAAGAGGAUUCUAGACACAAUGGAGAAAAAUCUCCGGGUGAUUCAGGACAAAUUAAAUUCAAUUGAAGAGAAACUCUCAAAGAUGCAGAAGCAGAUCGAGCAAAAAGACGAACUGAUAUUUUUGCAGGAAUCAGCCUGUCGGAAAAGAAGGCUUACUGAUGAAUAUCACCAACUCUCAAUUGCGGAUUUAGUCCUAUCUGUUGGAAAGUAUACCGGGCCUUUACAGUACAUGACAUGGAGAGAAAUGAUAAACGUCAUUCACCCAGCUCCAGCCUCCCUGACUCUGGAUCCGAAAACAGCGAAUCCCCAGCUCGUACUGUCUGCGGACCGGACCAGUGUGAGACUUGGAGACAAACCGCAGCCCCUCCCUGACUCCCCGGAGAGAUUUGAUCCCUGGUUCUGUGUCCUCGGAUCAGAGGGAUUCACAUCAGGGAGACAUUACUGGGAGGUGGAGGUGGGGGAGAAGAUGCGAUGGGCUCUGGGAGUGGCCAAGGAGUCUUUGGAGAGGAAAAAGGGAAUCUACCCAAGCCCGGAAACCGGUCACUGGAUUGUGAGGCUCAGUCCCGGAAGUGGUUAUUUUGCCGCCACGAUCCCAUCACGAACCCACCUGUCCCCUCGUGUACAGCCCAUGAAGAUCGGGGUUUUCCUGGACUAUGAGGGUGGACAGGUGUCAUUUUACAAUGCGGACAACACGUCCCAUCUCCACACUUUCACCCACACUUUCACUGAGCAGGUUUUUCCAUUCUUCUAUACGGGACCAAAUAUGGACGGGAAAAACUCGGGUCCGCUGUCAAUCUGCGGGAUUAAAGGGCAUUGACAGAUCCAUCCCAGAAUUUAUCCCCCUUCCCCCAACCUCCUGCCAUCUGAUGGGGGGAGAUUUCAGUCACAGGUGGAGAGAACAUUCUGGAAAUGGGAUUUUUCAACAACAUUUUUUUUCAGAGAACCAAGUGCUUUGUUCAUCAAAACUGAAUUGACAUCUUAAUUAAUCCCAAGAAGCAUAAACUCAACACAUAUUUUUGUUUUGCUGGGCAUUACUGCACAGAUUUUACUUGUAUGUGAUACAUUCCAAAUUAAUGGCAGGUUUUAAGUCAUGUUGAAAGAGGAAACUAUCUUGCACAUUUAUAUGCGGUAAGACUGCAGUGCAGAUUCGUCAAUCUCCAGAGAAUGUUACGCGUGAACUGUGUGGGUGCCAAUGUCAUUAACACAUAAUGUUUAACAACAUAAAUCGAGUUCCCCCAGUGUACACCAGAGUGUUAGUAGAAUUAGAGUUACGAUUUGUCUCUGGUUUACUGAUCUGUCAAACACCAUCUACAUCAGAGAAGUUCUCCUAAAAACAGAACGUAAUUAUCUGUAUUAUUAAAACUGAUAUUAAA